AUGGAACCCCACGAGAAAUCAUUCAAAGCCAUGCAUGGCCCAUGGAAGUCCCUACAGAAGGGUACCUUUCCAUUGGCCUCAUCCCCCUCCUACACAACUUUCCUUCACAAUCUCCACAAUGUGGCCACAACCCCAGCAGCCUACAAAUCUCCAUGCACCUUAAAAAGGAGUGAUUUUGAUAUGGGUCGUUGGAUUAAGAAGGUGGGGCCCAUAUCAUGUGAGAGUGAGGCAGAGGCAGUGGGUGGGGCCCACAGGAUUUUGGGGGAAGAUGUUGAAGGAAAGUGA